AUGGAACCUCCGUUGCUCCUACACGUCUCCUUCCCGACGGCUCUUCCUGACCUCUGGUACAAGCGUGACCAGCUCGUCCUUUCCUGGAUAGUCAUGUCCCUCACCGAUGUUGUCCUCUCGAAGCUCGUCGGCUGCACCUCUGCUCUCGACGCCUGGACUCGUUUAGCUGCUGCCUAUGGAGCCGCCAAUCGUCACGGAAUCCUCCAUCUCAAAGAUCAGUUCAAUACUCUCAAUUGUGGUUCUGAUCCUGUUGACAGGUACCUCACUCGUGCGAAGGAUGUCGCUGAUCGACUGGCUGCCCUCGGUCGUCCCAUCUCCGACGAAGAUCUCGUCUCCCGCUGCCUCAACGGUCUCGGCGAGUCUUAUCUCCCCCUUUGUCCGGGUGAUUGA